GCUCAAAAUCACAUAAGAAGGAAUUAAGGCGACCUGGGAACACAAAAGAAACACCAACAUGGGUCAAAACAAGAUGGGUCUUAUUUUAGUUUUCCUGUUUCUGGAUGGACUGCUUGUUUGCUUAGCUGCCGAUGUCCACUACUAUGAUUUUGUUCUGCAAGAAGCAAAUUUUACAAGGAUGUGCAGCACAAAAAGUAUGUUGACUGUAAAUGGAAGUUUUCCAGGUCCAACGAUUCAGGCUCGAAAAGGGGAUACUAUUUUCGUUAAUGUCAUCAAUCAAGGAACAUAUGGUGUCACCAUUCAUUGGCAUGGAGUGAAGCAGCCAAGGAAUCCAUGGUCAGAUGGUCCUGAGAACAUAACACAGUGUCCAAUUGCUGCAGGAACCAACUUCACUUAUGAGGUUAUAUUGUCCACCGAAGAAGGAACCCUUUGGUGGCAUGCCCACAGUGACUGGACUCGAGCCACCGUCCACGGCGCCAUUGUUAUUUUACCCGCAGCUGGAACCACUUAUCCAUUUCCUACGCCUUACAAAGAACAGACAAUCGUCCUUGCAUCAUGGUUCAAGGGGGACGUGAUGGCGAUAAUAACUACUUCAAUCGAAACAGGAGCCGAUCCUGCUCACGAAGAUGGUUACACAAUCAAUGGCGAACCAGGGGAUUUAUAUGAUUGCUCCAACGAGACCACAUAUCGCCUAUCAGUUGAAUACAACAAAACUUAUCUUCUACGCAUUGUAAAUGCCGUGAUGAACGAAGAAACAUUUUUCGGAAUUGCCAACCACAACCUUACCGUUGUAGCACAAGAUGGAGCAUAUAUAAAGCCAAUAAACACCAGCUAUAUUAUGAUAACUCCUGGACAAACAAUGGAUGUUUUGUUCGCAGCUAACCAAACUCUUAGUCACUAUUACAUGGCUGCUAGUCCGUACCACGAUAGCGUUGUUACGUUUCCCAACUCCACCGCCACCGCAAUUGUUGAAUACGAAGGCAAUUACACUGCCCCUUCGUCUCCUUUCUUUCCAACUCUUCCUGCCUACAAUGACAUUGAGGCUGCACAAAAAUUUACCAACAGCGUUAAGAGCUUGGCAAAUGAAGAGUAUCCCAUCAAUGUUCCGGAAACUAUCGACACGCGAAUCUAUAUAGCGGUUUCCAUAAACGCAUUGACGUGUCCCAACAGCUCCUGUGAUACCGCUACUGGUGAUAAGACAGCCGCAAGCUUAAAUAAUGUUAGUUUCGCUACUCCUCAAAUUGAUAUACUGCAAGCAUACUACAGGGGGUUGAAUAAUGUUUUCGAUCAGGAUUUCCCAAAUGAGCCACCGUUUUUUUACAACUUCACGGGAGAUGUGUCUAACGUAUCAUUGUACACAGCCCAAGGGACAAAAGCGAGGAUGAUUGAUUAUGGCGAAGCAGUUGAAAUUGUGUACCAAGGGACUAAUCUGAGGGCUGCAAUGAGUCAUCCAAUACAUUUACACGGCUUCAGCUUUUAUGUCGUCGGGACAGGUUCCGGGAAUUUCAACAAUGUGACUGAUCCAACCAAUUAUAAUUUAGUUGAUCCUCCGGAAAUUAACACCGUUAACCUUCCUAAAAGUGGAUGGGUUGCAAUUAGAUUUGUUGCAGAUAAUCCUGGAGUGUGGUUUUUGCACUGUCAUAUUGAAAGACACGCAUCCUGGGGAAUGGAUACAGUUCUUAUUGUAAAGAACGGUACUACUUCAGACACGUCGAUGCUGCCACCUCCUUCUUACAUGCCACCUUGUUCUUAAUGAAGGACUCAUAUUUUCAUAAUAAAGCUGCCUGUGUUUAACUAGUCCAUGAAAGCUUCAUGGACUUCUGAUAUAACAAAAGAUCAGAAUAAUGUCCUUCGGAAUAACUUCAUCUCUAAUAAGAUGAAAAUUAACAGUUCUCUGAAAACAUAUAUAUAUAUAAAUAUAAAUGUUACUGUUUUAUGG